GUGUCAGAACUUAAUUAACAUAGAGACUAUAGCUCUUACAAGAUGAGCAACUUCAUUUACAUGAAGGGUAGUAAACUGAACAUGUAUAAAAGGUUUGAACUUAGGAUGUUCUGGGUUCUUUUUGACUCCGUUGAACCCAAGCUUUAAAACACUGAUCGGACAGUGAUGGAUUCCCUGAACUUUGAGUCGGAGAUGGAGGCAGACGGGCAGGGCAGUUACUCUCUGUUCCCAGCGCUGGACAGCAUGAGCAGCCUGACUGGAGCCGCGGAGAGUCUGGACGCUGAAACCCCUAAUGAGGUUGCAGAUAAACCGAAUCUCACUUGGCUCGACGCUGCUCAGAUUGUUCUUGAAGAGGCUGGGCGGCCCAUGCACAUCAAGGAGAUUAAGCAACGGAUCAUCGAUCGUGGACUGGUGCAGUCAAAUGCAAAGUCAAGCCUUGAGGCGGUCAUGUAUCGAGAGACACAGAAAGGGAGCAGACGCUUCAAGAGGAUUGAAAGCAGGAAUGGAGUUUUUGCCCUGUUGACUGAUGAAGAGAGACAGCAUGCAUUGCAGGCAUUCUCUGCCCAGUCGACCUUCUCCAGCUCGGGCUCGGGCUCCGGCUCGUCCCUGGGACCCCUGCCUUCUCCAACGAGCCACACUGAGUCCAGGCCUAAGGUCAGGAAGGGUAAUCGUAAGAACCAAAACGAGAAGUAUCGGCUGAAGUACAUGCGUCUGCGCAAGGCUGCCCGUGCUAUGAUAUUUGAAAAUGCAGCGUUAUAUGAUGAGAUUGCUCACCUGGAAGAGAAGUUUGUCCGGGCAAAAGAUGAAAGGAGAUUCCUGUUGAAGUCUUUGUUGCAGUAUCAGUCUCUGGCUGAAGGAGAGUCAGUCCCGACUCCCAGCUGCAGCACACACCCACCCGUUACAUUGAGCUCCAGCACAGCAGGGGGCGCUGCUCUCCCAGGGAAUCACAGCCAGGCCUCUGGACUCUCAGCAUCUGAAGAAAGCCUUUUAAAGAAACCCAAAAAAGAAAGAAAGGAGAGGGGAAGAGAGAACAGCAGGGAAGAACUCAUGAAGAAGAUUUGUAAGAAAAGGAGGGUUGUGGAAGGAGGACUGCGCAAGCUCGUGCAGCCCAUCUCGCUGGAUUCUUCCGGGAGGCCGGUCUUUCCCAUCGUUCUUGGUGGACUCACUGUGUACAGCCUAGGGGAGAUCAUCACAGACAGGGCUCUGUUUCAUGAUGAAACUGCCAUCUAUCCCGUGGGGUUCUGCAGCACCAGAGUUUUCGCCAGCAUGAAGAACCCUGAUCUGAAGUGUCUCUACACCUGCCAAAUCAAAGAUGGUGGUCAAGGACCACAGUUUGAGAUUGCACCUGAGGAUGAUCCACAGAACGCAAUUGUGGCCUCAUCAGCCCUCACCUGCCACGCGAACCUGCUCAAAGCCAUUGCUGCCCGAAGGGGUAAACCCUUGACCAACAUUGUCCCAACUGGAGCAGACUUUUUUGGUUUUUCUCACCCCACCAUUCAGAACCUGAUCCAGAGCUGUCCUGGGGCUCGCAAAUGCAGCAAUUAUCAGUGGGUGCGUUUUGAGGUCUGUCGGCCUGGGGACGGACAGGUGGCACAUGGCCUUUCAGAAGAUGACGCAUCUGUGAACUUUGAGUCCUUUCAGCGAGUGCAAAGCUGUGAGGAGAGUCCGAACCUUACAACAGAACACAGCAGCACAGUGCGACCACAACAGCCUAACAUCUCGUCUCACCUUCUGAGUUCAGCAGCGCUGCAGACUACUGGAACUUCUCUCUCCAAAACCUGAGCUUAUUCAAUCACCUUUAUCUGACCGUGAACUCAAACUAAAGUGAUUUGUAUCCAGAUGGAGUAAUUAUAAUUAAGUCUAUCAUAUCAUUCA